GUGCAACCUUCGGAGACGUCGAUGGUGGAAGUGCGAUUCGACUGGUUGCCGGCCAGCUCGUGAUGAGCAUUGUCUUGGUUUGCUGCACUGCUGCUGGCUGGUUAGCAAUGGCUAGCGACAGCAACCGCGACCAUCCGACCAGGUUGCUAGGAUCCAUCAUGAAAGAACCUGACAGAGGGACAGGGUUAGCGACGGUCCACGGCAUUGGCUUUCCUGGCUGGCACACGACUGGGACUGGGACCACCUGCUGGCCUGGGGAUGAGACUGAUGCCAGCAUUGCCAGCCCUUCCCAGCCAGUCCGUCCGUUGUCUGUCACUUGCGCAGUAGUGCACUGACGUUGAGUUUUCCGAGAGGUGAGGUGAGGUUAAGUGAUGGGUGUGCUGCGUACACAGUAAGGAGUGCCCUUCGAUCCGUAUCAAGGAGAGGUCUUGCUUGC